UUUCUUCACUCACAAGCUAAUUAUGUGUGCUAGAAAUUGGACAUGUAUUUUGCUUCCACUUCACAUAAUCCCUCUAACCCUUUCUUUUUCUCAUCAUGUUCAUCUAUAUACCUUCAUCAUUAGAGUCGCAACAAGAAAUUUAAGUAAAAGUUCAUUGGAAACCUCAUUUGAGAUUAAUAAUGAGGAAGCCUACGCCAGAUUCAGUGAUUAGGGACAAAGGGAAUCACAAGAACAAGAUCAAAUUUAGGAAGGGAUUGUGGUCACCGGAAGAAGACGAGAAGCUGAUGAAUUACAUGUUAAUAAAUGGACAAGGGUGUUGGAGUGAUAUAGCUAGAAAUGCAGGAUUGCAGAGGUGUGGCAAGAGUUGUCGCCUUCGUUGGAUUAAUUAUUUGAGACCUGACCUUAAGCGCGGUGCAAUUUCCCCACAAGAAGAAGAACUAAUCCUUCAUUUGCAUUCCGUUCUUGGCAAUAGGUGGUCUCAAAUUGCUGCACGUCUUCCAGGGAGAACAGACAACAAAAUUAAGAAUUUUUGGAAUUCUUCAAUACAGAAGAGGUUGAAAAAUAAUAAUCUCACUUCAACAACAUUCUCUCCAAACAAAUGCAGUACUGUCUCAAUAUCAGAUACUGUUACAGGAGGAAUGAUAAUGCCUUUGCACGACUACUCAUAUAACGUUGUAAACACAUGCAUAGAUUCAUCUUCUUCGAGCAGCCAUUUCAACCCUUUUCCGCCAGUUGACAACAGUUUCGACGCAAAUGGUUCAUCUGUAGUAGUUUCAUUAAACUUGCCGACAUAUGUGACACAUUUUGGUACUGCAACAGGAAAUCGAGGGGGAUUAGAGGAUUAUGGAGUGACGGAACAGUGUUUAAUGGGGUUCGAAAAUGGCAUUUGUGUUCCUUUCGAGGUUGACGACAUUAAUAAUGGCGUCAUGAGUAGUAAUUAUGUCUUUGACAAGAAAAAGGUCAUUAAUAAUAACUUGAAUAAUACUGAAAGCAUGAAAUUAGAGGAUAUGGUUGGGUUUGGAAAUCAUUGGCAAGGAGAAAACUUCGAAGUUGGAGAAUUAGAUUGGGAGCGUUUGUUGGCUAAUAUCAAGUCUUUACCUUAUCUUGAUUUCUAAGUUCAAUAAUCUCUCUCUUUCUGAAUAAAUGUUGAGACACUUCUUGAGUUUUGGUGGAUCAAAUUGUGAAUAUAUAAGUGAAGAAGAAAUAAAGGUACUGUCAAUUCAGCGAAAGAUAAUUAAGAUUUUCUUUUGUCCAUUAAGCUCAUUCCUCUUUAUUCGCCAAAAUUUGUUCCUAAGAUCUCUCUUUCAUCGCCAACCAGUGCAUCUCAUUUGUCCAUUCCUAAGUCGAACUAAGCGACCACUCAGCUCUUUGUCAGCAGCCAACAGCAGUUUCAAGAUGAUUGCUGAUCUAUUUCACAUUUUUUCUUGUAAUUCAUAGUUUCGUCAUGUGAAUGUCUUUGGUUCACGAGGAAACAAUGAUAAGUGUAUUUUAUAUACUUAUUCGAGACUUUAAAAUAAAGAUAUUUGAUGGUUCUUU